GGUGAGCUGAAAGACCUUGCCCUUUCCUGCAGCAUAGAAGGCAUGACUGAGCCCCUCUUUCUGAGCAUUUCUGGGGAAGUGAAAGGACUGCAUGUCACCUACUCAGUACCUUCUGACAGUGGAGUUGCCAGUGAUGAAAGACAAAUGUUACAAAGCCCGUGUGAUCUUCUUUUGGAUUUUGGAUCUGAAGUUGCAUUCAAAGCUGUAGUAAAGCGUCAGCUCCUCCUUACCAAUCACACUGCAGUCAGUGCUCCAUUCAAACUAGAAGCUGAGUAUUUUACUGGCUAUUCCCUUCCUCCAGAACAAGGAACCUGCCUCUCUUCAAGCUACCUCAUGAAAAGAAGAGGGCCAGUCACAAAACAUGCAGCCAGAAGAGCCCAGUCAGAGUUUGCAGCAGCAGUGCUGUCUCACGGGAAGGGAGUAGCUUUCCAUGUGCAACCUUCCACAGGAACUCUGAAAGCCUUCCAGCAGCUAACCCUAGAAAUAACAGCUUACAACAACAUGUGGGGAGAGUACCGGGAUGAUCUGGUCGUUAAGGUGGGAGACCUGCAACCUAAACUAAUUCCUAUGCAAAUGACUGUGAAAGGCUGUCCAAUCUUCCUGCAGAUGACAGGACCACAAACAGAGCAACCCAUAAUCAGGUUUGGCACUCAUGUCUCAGGAGGGUCUCCUGUCCAUCGGAGGGUCCAGCUCAACAAUCCCACCCCCUUUGACAUCCGCCUGGACUUGGAAAUUUAUAACCAAGAGGAAGAUGAUAACAAGCUGGUGGACCUGCUGAUGCUCUUUGGAGACCCUUUUCCUCCUCAGGGCAUGGCUGCAAACGAGACCACAUCCAUUGGUGGCAGCUCGGCGUCAGGGGUCGUGUCAGAGCUGGAUCCAGCUGCCCUUCCCUGUGGGAGCACUUGUCCAGCUUCCCAAACCACGGAUGAGCCUUCAGACUCUGGCAGUGAGGAGAAGGAAAUUGGCACUCAAGAACCUCCAGUACAGAAAAUUGUCUCUGUACUCAUACGACCUCAUGAAGGGGUUCCUGCAGACGACCCCUACUCCAUUACUCCAAGGCAGAUAGUGGUUCCAGGAGGUGGCAGCAGCUCCGUUUGCAUCUCCUUCACCCCCGGCGUCCUCCCGGAGCCGCUGGCUGAAGCGCGGUGUGAAGGGCAUGUGCUGGGUUUCAUGAGCCUGGACGACGAGCUUGCAAGGAUGGUGCCCAACAAGGUGCAUCGCAGACAGGGCUACGAAGCUCCACCCUUACGAGUGGACCUGGAGGGUUCUGUAGGACGUGCUCUGUUACAAGUAGCCACGGACCAUGACAGAGGAAUGGUGUUUUAUUCAACGGCGAGUGAUCUCCUAGCAGAUCAGCCUCUGCUGGGGGUUUUGACAGAUUCGGUCAUGACUCAGAGUUUGAAACUCACCAAUUGCACUAAGGUUCCUCUGUACUUCAGGCUCCUUCUGUCUACGCCCUUCAGCCUGUCCAGCACAGAUCCCAAAAAGAGCACCAAAACAUCCCACAGCAAGGAGGAAAAAGAGCAGCGACCGCAGCUUGUACUUUAUCCACAGCAAAACAUGCUGGUGAAAGUGUCAUUCCACACAACUCUGGAGUUGCUUAGGCAUCAGCAUUUGCCAGAUGCCCAGCUGCUUCCUGGAUACCAAGUGCUCCAGUUUGAGAAUGGAGAGAGAAAGCUGAAGUUCAACCAAAAUCUGGUCAUUGAACAUAGCAAUGGGACUAGCCAGCUGGUCCCAGUGACUGCAUACCUCACUGUCCCAGUUCUGGAGCUCUCCUGCCACACGAUUGAUUUCAAGACCUGCUUUGUUGCACAGACCAGGACUGAACAUGUCUUCCUGUGUAACAGGAGUGGCUGCAGGAGUUACUGGACUGCUUUGCUGGGUGACCAGGAAACGUCCAACGACCCAGCAGGAUUUUCUGUCUCUCCUACCAAUGGCGUUUUGGAGGCACGUGAAGGGGAAGCACCUACCAGAGAGAUGCUGCAGAUCAGCUUUACUGCCAGGAGUGACACCGAGUAUGAGACCAUCAUGACCAUCACUGGACUGCUGGGAGAGAGGCCUUGCAAGCUCCACAUCAGGGGACGAGGGACAUACGAUGGGAAGUACAAAGACCUGUCUUUAACCUCAGCAAGAUGGGGACAAGUGUCAAGGUAA